UCCCUUCGACAGAUGGAUGGGGUUAAUAUCAUCAUUAAGCACCUCAGCCAACGGUUCCUGUUUACGGCUCGGUUGCUAGGCAGUGACAUCAACUGAUCCCUCCCUCCUCCUUUUCUAAUCCCUUCCCUCUGCCUCACACACACACAAACACACACACUAGUCUCUGUCGGCUCCGUCUCUCUCUGAUAGGCGGCGCAGAUGUGGGUAGAGUGUGGGGGUAUAUGAAGAGCAGAGAGCAGGAGGGUGAAUGUGUGUGUGUGUGUGUGUGAGGCUGGCAGACGGCAUGGUCGGGGUCUCCAUGUAGACCUGUGUGGAAACAUCCAAACAUCACCUGGACCUGUCUACCUAUCAGCAUUCACCAAGGAUAGCCACCUUCUUCAGAGAAGCAACAGGAGAGAGAGCACCGGGUGGGUCUGUGUAUAUUUAUUUAUUUUUCCAGGUUUUUUUGUUUUUUCUUUGGUUUUGGGAGUAGGCUCCGGGCUGGACCGCAUGCAUGACACAACGCAAAGGCGAGAAACCCACCAUCAGCAUCCAGGAGCACAUGGCCAUUGAUGUGUGCCCUGGCCCCAUCCAGCCCAUCAAGCAGAUUUCGGACUACUUCCCCCGUUACCCGCGGGGCCUCCCCCCUGCUGUGCCCCAGCCAGUGGGCCACAUUGGGCCCCUGCGCUCUGCCCUCUCCACCUCCUCAGGCGCUGCCUCUGCGACCGCCGCUGCUGAAAGUGACCGCUCCAAUGAAGACAACCCUGAGCGGGCGUGUGCCGGAGCCUCUGCCUCCCCGCAGGCUGUCAGGAAGGACGAGGAGCCGGAUGUGGAGGGAUACGACUCGGAUGACUCCACGACACUGGGAACCUUGGAGUUCAGUUUGCAGUAUGACCAAGAGAACAAUGCACUCCACUGCACAAUUAACAGAGCCAAGGGGCUCAAACCCAUGGAUCACAAUGGGCUGUCGGAUCCAUACGUCAAGCUCCACCUUCUGCCUGGUGCCAGCAAGGCCAAUAAACUUAGAACCAAGACCCUGCACAACACACUCAACCCCGUCUGGAACGAGACCCUGACCUACUACGGCAUCACCGACGAGGAUAUGGUUCGCAAAACUCUCAGGAUCUCAGUUUGUGAUGAGGACAAAUUUCGCCACAAUGAGUUCAUCGGGGAAACGCGAAUUCCCCUCAAGAAGCUGAAGCCCAACCAAGUAAAAAACUUCAACAACUGCUUGGAAAAGCAGCUGCCGGUCAGCAAGACUGAAGACAAGUCUCUGGAGGAACGUGGACGGAUCAUGAUCUCUCUUAAGUACAACACACAGAAGUCGUGCCUGAUUGUGGGCAUCAUUCGCUGUGCUCACCUCGCCGCCAUGGAUGCCAACGGCUUCUCUGAUCCCUACGUUAAAACGUACCUGAAGCCUGACGAGAACAAAAAGUCGAAGCACAAGACUGCUGUGAAAAAGAAAACCCUCAAUCCUGAGUUCAACGAGGAAUUCUGUUACGAUAUAAAAUAUGCAGACCUGACUAAAAAGACCCUGGAGAUCACUGUGUGGGACUACGACAUUGGCAAGUCCAACGACUUUAUAGGUGGCGUGUCUCUGGGUAUCAAUGCAAACGGAGAGAGGCUCAAACACUGGUUUGACUGCCUCAAAAACAAGGACAAAAAAAUUGAACGCUGGCACACGUUGACCAAUGAGUUACCUGGAUCGUUAAACGACUGAAGACCUGCAUCCCGGCCCCCUCCACCACCACCCACACACAGACCUUCAUCUUCUUUGGAUCUUCCUCAUGUCGGACACCUGACACCUCCACUUGGGAUUAUACUACUGUCAACAAGGAUCGACUAAAAAAUAUCCAAAUCUUAUGUUUAUCGUCUACAGCAGAGAUAUCCAAUCAGCAAAGUAAAUAACAGGGACUUUUGAGUUUAUUCUGAGGCUUUUCAGCUUUCUUGCAUGAUCGGCGAAGACAAACGAAGCAAUUGGUUUCUGUUUGAUGAGACCUCUAACAGCAGCUGAGUAAAUUUCAAUAAUCCCUGCAGCAGAGGAAACCCUUCUCUACUCUGUACCAUCUUCUAGGUCAGAAAUAACAAUAAAAACGCAGGAGAAAAAAAUCCAUGAGAAACUGAAAGAGUAGCAAAUAUUUUCUUAUGAGCAGAAACAUGUAGUGAACCUUACCUAGAAGAGUACCGGGGCAGCAGAAUGAAGACGUUGCACUUUAACAUGAUUGUAAACGCUGAACAUGGCUUGUUUCAGACACGUUUUCCUUUGAGUCGUUCGUUUGCUUUAAAACUGUUCUGGUUCAGUCCGGUCCACUUUGUCCUAGUCUCUGAUCCAGUCUCUCAACAAGGGGACAUAGCCUGGAAAUUGAGACCUAGCGCCCCCUUGUGGUUGGCUGCAGUAUCAUUUACUCCAUUUAUUUAGCCAACAUUAAAAAGCAAUUUUUUUUAAUUUUAUUUUUUAUUCAUUUGGGACAAUAAGGUAAUAUUAAAUAGUAAAAGUUAAAUUACUGUAAUGCUAAUAUAGAAGGUUUUUUUAUAUUCACAGUUUUGGGGGAUUUUUUCUCUAUUUUAUUAAUUUUUAUUUUUCAGUUUAUUUUAUUUUAUGCUUCAAAGAUAUUUUACAAAGUGAACUAAUGAGGGAUUUUCCUGACUUAAACAACUGAACUACUCCUCAGAUCAUUUUUUAAUAUUCUCUGUUCUUACCUUGCUGCUGUCUGUCUAAAUCUUCAUUUAAAGGACUUCCAGCUCCAAAUAUCAAAUGUGCCCUGAGUCCAAAAAUGAAGCUGGCUGCAUUCUUAAAGGAGAUAUUUUGCCUUUGCUUUUGUUGAUGAUCACACGGACCUUUCAAAGCUGAGUAAGGCUUCAAAGGAGACAUUUAUUCUAUGAUCAAAAUCUGCACAUCAUUUUUUACUGAGUUGGUGCCAGAAUAAGUCGUUUAUUCGCCACCAAAAUACUUGAAGAGGCUAAGUUAUCAAAAUUGUUUUUACAAAAAGGCAUCUGCGUGUUUUAAAUAAUCAAAACCCAGAUGUUAAAACGGAUCUUCUUCAAGCAGCAAAACUCAUGACUUUUAUACACCAGGAGCAGAAAAACCAUUCAAAGUAGAAAAAAUGCAGGAGAAUCUUCUUUUACAUUUAUCCUGAAUGCAGACGGAAGAUGGUGCAGAAAGGUUAAUGAUGGAAUAACAAAUAACUCAUCAACCUGGUGCACAGCAGAGCUUGAGGAACAAGGAAAACAUGGAGGACAGGUUGGAAGAUGGCAGCAGAGUUUGGGAAAGAUUAGAGGAAACUGUGGAUUAUUGACAGCCUAGUGAACUAGACCAAAUUCUUGCUUUGCAAAUAAUGGUCUAGGCAUGCUCCAUUGGAACCUCAGCAGCUCCUACCAAGACUCUGGCUAGCCAAUCACAGCUCUCUAGAGGAGUUUCAAACACAUAAAGAGCUGUGAUUGGUCCAUAAUGGUGGGCCAAUCAUAGUGCUCUAUCUGCUUAGUGAACAAAUCACAGAGCUUUAUCCGCUUUGUGGGCCAAUCAGGGCACUUUAUAUGCCUGGUGGGUGGGAUGAUGCAACAGAGUGAAACAAGAGUAUGUCACAUUCAUUGUCCAGUGGAAUGCCGGGAUCAUUUGAAAGACAACGGUAGAACCCGCCCCACAACCGAGAGCCGUCAAUGGAGCAUGGCCAGACUAAAUAAUACAUUUAUUUAGUCUGGCUUGCCAGGCUAGAUUAUUGACUCUUUGCACCGACGUCACCUAAUCACGUGGGUCCACCAUGGUGGACGGCAAAAGCAUGUAAGCAGUGAGCGACACGAGUACUAA